UUUUCUUACUAAAGGAUAUCAGGGUGUUUCAUAUAGAGACAUUACGGCACACACAGAACGCAGAACACAGAGAGAAUAGCUGUGGUUACACACAAUAGACUUCUGAUGGAGCUCCUGAUCAACAUUGCCCUUCUCUUGACCGGUGUCAACGGAGGCUCACAUUCCCUGUACUCCAGUGUGGGGGAUGAUGUCAGUCUGCCGUGUACCAAUGUGGUCCACCCUGACUGCUCCUCUACAGUGUGGCUCUUCAGCAGAACUGAGUCUCACAGUGCUACUGAAAAGGUCUUUCAAGGGAAGAUCCAAAAUGAAGGAAAUGAGGGCAGUGAGAGACUGGGAGUAGGGUCUGACUGCUCCCUACGUGUUCGUAACAUUGGCGCUGAGGAUACUGGAGUCUAUGUCUGCCGACAGUACCUUACAGAUGGCAGAGCACAUCUUGAAGAGGAUACUACUGUCUACCUGUCUGUUCUCACCAUCUCCAUGUCCACACCAGAGGCAGAUCUAAAGCAUCCUAGAAAUGUAAACUUGAGGUGCUCUCUGCUGACAUAUGGCGGUCCUGUAACGUGUGACUCCUUCGUUAGAGAUAUCGUUAGUGUGAGCUGGGUGAAUGAGACAGGUGGCGAGUUGCAGGGAGACUCCAGAUACCAGGUCACACGGGUGUCUGGCUGUGACAUCACUCUGACUGUGAAACUUUGGAGAAAGGAUAAGAACAGGAAGUGGUGGUGUCAGCUGACUGAGGGAACGAGGAAGACAUUUGUCUACCUCCCUUCUAAGGUCUCAGGUGAGACUAUGGAUCCUGUCGGGACAAUCAUCACUGCUCCACAACAACCUAUUGAUGGUCAAAGUCCUCCAAAGCCCUCUCAUUCAGGUACCAACAACAUCAAUGAGUUGCCAAUCAGUCGCAUAGUGCUCUGUGUGGCACUGCCCUUGAUGGUAAUCGUAUAUGCAGUUUACACAACUAGGAGGAACCGCCCACUAGCAGAGGUGUCCUCUGGUAUAGAGCUGCAAGUCUAGACGAACAACCCCCUCCUCGUCACUCUCCACAGCAUAGCGCCAGACUUACUCUACCUUUAAUGAAUGUGUACAACUGAGAGAUUAUUUGCUGAAGGAUUCAUGCUGACAUAAUACAUAAAGGCUUUGAAAUAAAUAAUGAAAAUGUAGUGCAUGCUAAUGGUAUCUACUCAAUGGGUAGUGACAAUUAAUGUUUUACAAAUAAAGACAUUAUAUUUCUGUUUUGUAGCUAG